UGUUUGAUGAUUAAUUUUUUUAGGUGUGGUUGUGCUAUAUCAUUCUUGGGAUUCUUCCGAGUCAAAUUGGGCGAUAACCUCACUUUUUUGACGUUUUAAUUUUAUUUUUUUUUAAUUUUAUCCCUUUAAAACCGAAUUCUAAGAGGCAAGAAGAAUUUCUUCUUCUACCUGGUAUGCCAAUAUCCCCACCAAGCCCAAUCCCGCCCGUUCAUACACACCGGGACAUUCUCCAAGGUGGAACACCUUGUGUCGGCCGUUUACGUGGACAGUCAACAGUUUCUGAGCCAUCGCGUAACCUAACCACAUUUUUUCCGCGGAUCUCGCUUUAAAACCCCCCAAACGGAGUUAAUUUCGCCCCAACGAAUCGAUCCGUUCGCUUCGAAUUCGGGAAACCCCGAAAGUUAUUCGCAAAAACGGCUGUGAGGAAUUUAAGGUGUGCCUAGGACCAUAAGUGACCUCGCAAGUUGGGGGAAACUAUUUAGCUCCAACUAAACUAUCAACUACGACUUAUCAACACAAUUUAGUGCGGAUUUACUCGAGGAUUUAAAUUUUUUUUUGGGAUUUAGGUGAAAAGAUGAAGAAACUUUAAACUUAAGAAAUCAAAUCAAAUUCAAAAUGUCGGAGUCAACCCCAAUUUGUCGCUGCAGAGUUUUAUAUUUAGGAAGUUCCGUUCCCCAACAAACUAAAGAUGGGUUACAAGGAAUCCAAGAGCCCCUCCAGGAAUUGUACCCUGAUCAAGGAGCAACGGGGGCGCGGGGGAUCGAUAGCUGGUUAAGCGUCUGGUCAAACGGGAUUUUGUUGGAAAACGUCGACGAAAACCACAAGAAAAUAACCCGGUUUUUCCCAAUUGAAAGCCUACAUUAUUGCGCGGCCGUUAGAUACGUUUUGGUGCCGGAAAAAAACACGCUCCACACCCCAUCGCCGCGUUUUUUACCACUAGAUUCGCCGUUUGCGAGGACCCCGAAUCCCGUACAUCCUCCGUUAUUCGCGGCGAUCCUCCGAAGGACGACCGGAAUAAAAGUAUUGGAAUGUCACGCGUUCAUAUGCAAACGAGAGGUGGCCGCUAACGCUUUGGUUCGAUGUUGUUUUCAUGCUUACGCCGAUUCGUCCUAUGCGAAACAGGUCGAUACGGCCGGGAGUAUUUACGGAACUUUGGCUUCCGAUAGAAUGUCAAAAGAAAAAGUAAGGAAAUUUUGAAUCGAAAUUGACGUUUUCGUAAAGA